CGCAAAGACUUCGCACCGGAACCUUACUGGGACUACUGGCAAAAGACUCUUUCUAGAUUCCAAUCUCUCCCCCUUUCUCUCUCCAAAGAAAGAGAAAAAUCUCCACUCGCUCGCACCGGAAUCCGCUUUCUCGGGUUUCUUCUUCUCUCUGUCCUCAAGGCAAGAAAACCGGCCAAAAAGUGUGCGCAGGAUACUUAACCUACGCACCCAAUUCAUCCCUUUUCUCCUUUUUUUUUAAAAAAGAUCUUACUCUCCAAAUCCAAAAUGCUUCAUUCAACCCUCCAUUCCUUCUCAUUUGAUCCGUAGAUACACACAACUUCCAUGUAAUCGCACCUUCUCUCAUCGAUAGAGUUGAUAGAGUUAACUGCUGAAGGAGGGCAUGGCAUUCCGGGUUUCUCGGAUCUUCGCUGCCUCGAUCUUGGUCUGCUUCUUUGCGUCUGCUUCUGGUUCCAUAGAGAAUUUCCGCCAAGCGUUUCCUAUAGUGGAGCCUGAUUCUGGUCAUACCAAACUUCGUCUUUCAAGAGAGGGCCUGGAAGCAAUAGAAAGAAUAACAACCCCUAUUGCUGCUGUUGCUGUUAUUGGUCCAUACCGCUCUGGAAAAUCUUUUCUCCUCAAUCAACUUCUUUCGCUGUCAUGUUAUGAAGGUUUUGGUGUUGGUCAUAUGCGUGAUACCAAAACAAAGGGAAUAUGGGUUUGGGGCACCCCUCUAGAACUGGUUAUUGAUGGAGUAAAAACAUCUGUGCUUUACCUUGAUACUGAGGGAUUUGAAAGUGUUGGGAAAUCAAAUGUUUAUGAUGACCGGAUCUUUGCUCUUGCAACUGUUUUGAGUUCUGUGCUUAUCUAUAAUCUGCCUGAAACGAUCCGUGAAGCUGAUAUAUCUCGAUUGUCAUUCGCUGUUGAGCUUGCAGAAGAAUUCUAUGGAAGAGUGAAGGGGCAAGAUAUUGCCUUUGAACCUGCUAAGCUUUUGUGGCUCAUCCAGCGUGAUUUUCUACAAGGAAAAUCUGUGCAAGAGAUGGUGCAUGAAGCUCUUCAGCGGGUCCCCAAUCAUGAUGGUGACAGAAAUAUUGAUCAGGUAAACCAGAUUCGAGAAUCCCUUGCAAUUAUGGGUGAUAACAGCACAGCCUUUAGCUUGCCACAGCCGCAUCUUCAGCGAACAAAGCUUUGUGACAUGGUGGAUGGGGAUCUUGACCCUAUAUAUGUGAAAAGGAGGGAACAAUUGAAAGAUCUUGUCUCUUCCAUUAUUCGCCCAAAAAUUGUGCAGGGAAAACCUCUAAAUGGAAAGGAGUUCGUAUCUUUUUUAGAGCAGAUUCUUGAGGCCUUGAACAAAGGAGAGAUUCCAUCGACGGGUUCUCUAGUUGAGGUUUUCAAUAAGGCAAUUCUUGAGCGCUGCUUGAAGUUAUACAAUCAAAGGAUGGAGAGGCUGGGGCUGCCAGUCUCAGUGCCCAUGCUGCGGCAAGUACAUGAUGAAUCAAGAGAAGAAGCAAUGAAAGUCUUCGACGAGCAGCAUUUUGGUCGGCAUCAUGCUAAACGGUCUGUAGAUAAGUUGGAUGAAGAAAUACAGAAGAUAUACAAGAAUUUCAUUCUGGCAAACGAAUAUCAAUCAUCAAAGCUAUGUGAGACACUGUACACAAGGUGUGAGGAUAAAAUGGACCAACUCCAAGUCCUGAGACUUCCUUCCAUGGCAAAAUUUAAUGAUGGUUUUCUUCAUUGCAAUCAAAGUUUUGACAAAGAGUGUGUUGGGCCUUCAAAAGCAAGCUAUGAACAACGGAUGACAAAGAUGCUGGGAAAGGCCCGGUCUCUGUUCAUCAAGGAAUACAACCACAGGCUCUUCAAUUGGUUGGUGGCAUUCUCCCUUGUCAUGGUUGUAGUGGGCCGGUUUAUUAUAAAAUUUAUUUUGUUGGAGAUCGGCGCGUGGAUAUUAUUCAUCUUCUUGGAAACCUAUACGAGGAUGUUUUGGUCCGCAGAAUCACUCUACUACAAUCCCACAUGGCACUUCAUUGUGGCAACUUGGGAGACUAUUGUUUAUAGCCCUCUCCUUGAUUUGGACAGAUGGGCCAUUCCCAUUGUUAUGUUGCUACUGAUAUCGAUUCUGUACUGGCGGUGUUAUGGGAGGAGGAAACAUGGGUCCCGCUCAUUGUUACCUCUAUACAACAGCCACAGAAGCAACUCAAGUCAUCGGAGAUCAGACUAAAAGGCAAAUUCCAAAAAGCUGUUGUAUUCUAUCAAGUCCUUUCACCCAAUUGGACCUGUUUCCGUUCGCCAUCCAUCAACUUGGGCAACACAUUUUUUACUGCUCCCAAACUGAUGGAUAUCCGAUAUUUUUUUUUUCCCGACCCCACAAAUGGAGAAGAUGGAAGGAGGCAGGUGCAGGUUUCAGAGCAUUGGACAUCUGCUUCCCUUUGUAAUUUUGAGCAAUUUGUCAAUGAUUUAUCGCUUGUUAUGCAUUGAUUUGGACGUGGGCCUUAUGAACAGUGUUAAUUUUUGUAAUUGAGUUGAUGGGAGCUGUUAUCAUAUACGGAUGUCUGCAAUGGUGCUGGCGAAUGAACAAAAAUGCAUGCAGAGCGGUUGUAUUGGAUUCCGAGAAUGGUCUAAGUAACGCUGUUUAGUUUUGACCA